AAACUUGGUAAUUCAAUACAAAUUUGACUGAUUAGUUCGCCCUUUGAUGAUUCGAUCUGUAUUUACACGAUGUUAUUGUUUUGUCCAACGUGCGGCAAUCUGCUUCGUAUAGAGGAAGCUUUGCAAGCGUUGCGUUUCGCGUGCAACACGUGCCCGUACGUAUUCAACGUCGUGAGGAAAGUGAGCAGUCGUACGUAUCCGAAAUUAAAAGAAGUGGACGAUGUGUUAGGCGGAAGCGCGGCUUGGGAGAACGUCGACUCCACUGAAGAGAGGUGUCCAAAGUGCUCUAAUCCUAGAGCGUAUUUCAUGCAAAUUCAAACGAGAUCCGCCGACGAACCUAUGACGACGUUCUACAGAUGUUGCAAUCCUCAAUGUGGCCACAACUGGCGCGAAUAA